AGGAGGAAAACACGCUCGCUCUCCCCGCCUCUUCUUGGAAGUUGGAGUCCAACCCUGCAACGCGCUCUCCCUCCUCUCUCUCACCCCUGCGAGCCGCCUUCUUCUCCUCGCCAGGCCACGCCUAGCUCAUCCCACUCCUCUCGUCGCCACCAAGCCACACGUCGGGCGGUGCUCACCUCGACGCAGCCGCAUUCGUGGAGAAGAUGGGCAAGCGGAGGGUUGAGAGGUCGCUUCUCACGGAGAAGACGGCGGACGCCGGCGCCGUCGCGAAGCGGACGCGCUCCGGUUCCCACGCGCUCGCGCCGCCGCCCUCUCGGUCUCCGGCCGCCGUUCAACCGCCCACAGAGAGCGGCGAUGACAGGUCGCUGGCGGACGUCUCCGCCGUCGAGCCUGCCAGGAGGCGAACACGGUCCAAAUCCAACCCGCGCCUACCUCCUCCACUGACGGCGCAGAAGAAGGUUUCCUGGGCGAUACCAGUAACUGAUAAAGGCAAAGAAGAACAUAAGCAAAGAGAAGUUCCGAACGCCAAGAUGAGGACGAGGACGCAGCCAUCCAGGAGAGGAAAAGGAGACGCAGGCGAGGCAAGCAAUGCGUCGGUGAUACCUCCUGCAAAUUUUGAUCGAGAAAGUCAACCUCGCAUGCAACCUACACAUUCCGAGCAACAGCCAGUUGGUACAAGGGGUCAGCGGUACCCGAACAAAGGUGAGGUGCAAAAGGAAGCUCAAAGGAGAAGCAAGAGGCAAGAACCGAGUGGAAGGGAAAACCUGAGCAGAGCACUCGUUCCUGCACCGGUGAGAAAAAGCACGAGAAGAAAGUCAAGGCCUUUGCAGUGGUGGCUUGGUGAAAGGUUUCUGUAUAACAGUAAAGUACCAAAAAUGCAAUUCGGGCUUUUUUGCUUCGUAAGGAAAGUGGAGGAAGCACAUAAGAACAGGAAAGUUUUCCUUUAGCAGCAUUAUUCAUUCAUUUGGUUAAACGAAUAGAGCAAAGGAAAACCGAAGGAUUUUUUUUCUUCUCUGAUCUCACUUCCGAAAGGGAAAACACAGGACUUUUACAUUCUGCUUGGCCCUCAUUUUAGAAUUCCUACACACAAAGAGGCAUCCUAACUAUACUUUCUUUUCAUGUAACUUGUGCAGAUAGGCUACCCGGCGCAAUAGGCAUUAAAUCAUAUUCUCACGGUGAAGAUGGCAAGGUUGCACUGAGAGUGGAAUCCUUCCUGCCCAAACAAUAUUCAGAUUUUGUAGCGCAUGUCGGGAUGUACUGAGGUUCUUGGAUAUGUUUCGGUUGUGACGCUUCUAUCUAUCCUUUUGUGGCAUUUGCGAUCUUUAUCUUAGCCACGCAAAACUUUUGAGAUUGAUGAUGCCAUCUAUAUUUGAACUUGUAUCCUGUAUUUUCACAACUUAUCGGCCACGGUUGUGCAUGUGGUAUGAGGCAAAUAUCUCUCUCCA